AUGGCCUCCCGGGCCCCGCCGCUGCUGCUGCUGCUGCUGCUCCUCCUCCUCGGGGCCGCCGCGCGCCCCGCGCCCCCCAGGGCCCGCAGACACUCGGACGGGACGUUCACCAGCGAGCUCAGCCGCCUGCGGGAGGGCGCGCGGCUGCAGCGGCUGCUCCAGGGCCUGGUGGGGAAGCGCAGCGAGCAGGGCACAGAGAACAUCACAGCCUGGUCCACGCCCGCCGAGCGCCGGCUCUGCCUGCUGUGGUCCGACCCGCCCCCCGUGCUGGCCUGGAUGCCGCCCAGGGCCCCCCUGGACCGGACCUGGUCUCCCUGGCUGCCUGCGGGGCCGAGAUCUGGGGUUAGGGUUUCGGAACCGGCCACCACUGCUGCUGAAGGCACCCGGCGGCCCAGAUGA